GUGCAACACUUGAAGAAAACUUGGCGUAGGCCUAAUGUUAUGUAAAAAAAAAAUGUUUCUUGGUUCGCACAGAGCUUAUUUCUCAAGUUUCAAUAUUCUAAUUAAAUUAUUGGAAAACUGUAUUACCAGCACAUUGUAUUUGUAAAAAUGUUAAAUCGAGAUCCAGUUCUAUUGCAUAAUAUUCUUUUGCUGGUCUACUAUUACCCGACGGUCCAGUCAGCCUGUAAUUAUGUCCCGUUUGACAAAUACAAUUUAGACUAUUUCCGACAAGUGUACCACGACAAAAUGAACAUUCCUUUCAACAAACCUUUAGUUAAACUCAAUACCACUAGGCAAAGGAACAUAUUGUCCAAGUUUAAAAAAGUGAAAUGUGGUGUCUCGAGAGUUGACCCCGAGUCGACUAUCAUUGGAGGCCGAACUUCAAAGACCUUCCCUUGGUCUGUUUCUAUCACAGAUCCACAUGGGGAUCACUUUUGUGGAGGUGUAUUGAUCGCCUCGGACUGGGUUCUGACAGCAGCUCACUGUCUGGUCUUAACAAACCCGAUACUUGUGGUCGACAAGAAUCAUCGAGAUGCUCUUCGCAUGAUACCUCACCCUGACUACAUGCAAGCCGCUAUAGGCAAUGAUAUCGCUUUAAUUCAAUUGGACUCCCCGGUGUGCUCUGUAGAUGACCUCAACCCUGUUUGCUUGCCUUUGGAGGACUACCUAUUCAUCAAGACCAGUGUCUGUUACAUUACUGGAUGGGGCAUAGAAGAUUUGAAAACGCAUCGCGCGCCCAGUAACUUAAAACAGUUACAAGUAUUUCUCCUCGACCAGAGCAUUUGCGCGUACUUACACGCUGCAAUUCCAAACAUUAUAGACGAAAGGAGUAUAUGCAUGGAUUUAGGAGAUGAUACCACCUCAGGACCAUGCCAAGGAGAUUCAGGAGGACCCUUACAGUGCAAAGUUGGAACAAGGUUUUAUGUAGCUGGAGUUAUCAGCAUCGCUGCAGAAAACUGCUCAGCGACAUCUUAUCCUCCCUAUGCCACAAGAGUCGCUUUUUACACUGAGUGGAUCCUGAAGACUUUGACCGAGAACGGUGGUGUGUCAAUGUGUUAAACGUUUUUUAGUAUUUUGCUUCGAAAAUCAAAACAAUGUAUAAUUACUGAAUUCAAUGAAUCUUAAAAACUUAUAGGAAAUUAUAUGUGCAUACUAACUUACAAUGUUCCAGUACUGCAGGAUACCAUGUGACUGAUUCGUGUGCCUGCCACAUUGUCAACUGAAGAAGGUAUAACUAAUUUGUGCUUGAUUAUAUUUUUUGCUGCUUACUACAUCAAUUUCAGAAAAAAACCGAUGGGAAAUACUAGACUAUAUCACCGUCUGGAACAGAAGAUAAUUCCUUAUAUUCCUUAAGCAGUUUCUAUUAACUAUUUUGAACUGAAUCGAUUUAGAUUUAUUGUUUGAUUAUGUUGUUGGAAAACAGUUUGACAUGGUUAUUUAGCGUAGGUCUAUAUAUAAAGGCUAAUAAAUUUCUAGGUUAAAAAU